AAAAAACUAAGGAAAACGUGUGGGUCGGCGGCCGAUCUCGGCAUGGUCGAAGCAAGUAUAUAAGUUGGAGCACAAGGUAGAUGAAAUUUUGCGUCCUUGCAUCACCUUCCUUCUGCCCGACCUUCCCUACGGUUACUCUUUUAUUCCACGACUUUAUUGUCGUCGCAUACAUUCCCUGACCUCUCAUUCCUUACUUCCCGCCCACGAUGUUCGCUUCCGUCGCCACUAUUGCUCUUGUUACCAUUGCUGCCGUCCAGGCCACACCCCAUUUCCCUCGUCGCAGCCUCCAUGGCGUUCACCAUGUUGUUCGUUCCAAGCCUGCCGACUACGCCGAGGGUUACCUCGAGUCCUAUGAUGUUUACCACGCUCGGUAUCUCGCCAUUGGUUGCCAGAACCAGCACAACACCCAGUUCUUUGACGACUGUUGUCACCCUCUCCUAGCUAAUGAGACUGUUGCUGCUAAUCGUCCGGCCUACUGCUCUGCUACAGCAUCUGCUUCUUCAUCCGCCAGUGCUGUAGUGGCUACCUCGACAGAUACCUCGGAUGACAGCGGUGAAUAUUAUGACUGUGACGACGAUGCGUCCUCUUCUGCGACCUCUUCUUCUACCGAUUACGUACCUGCCACCACUUCCUCUUCCUCUUCCGAGUUCUCUCAGGCUGCCAGUACGUCAGCUCCGGAAUCGAGCUCCACAGUCAGCAGCAGUAGUUCCAGUGCGUCUGUAACCCAAGAUAACACUUGGACUCAGGACACCAACACCUGGGCUGCUGCCACGACUUCGUCAAGUGAGAGUUCCUGGACUCCGGAACCCACCACCUCCUCUACCUCCUCUACGACCCAGGAGCAGAACACUGACGCGCAAAAGAACACUCAAACACAGGAAACGUCGACUUCCUCUUCCGCUACUUCUCAGUCUACGGGCACUUCAAACGCGUCUUCGGGCAGCUCGUCUUCUUCCAGUGGAACUUUCUACUCCGGUGGCGUAGGUACCUUCUAUUAUCAGUAUGGUGUUGCCGGUUCGUGCGGCACUGUUCACGCUGAUUCGGACAAGAUCGUCGCUGUUUCUGCCAUCGUUAUGAACUCGGCCCUCUGUGGUAAGACGAUCACCCUUACCAACACUGCCAAUGGAAAGACUGUUAACGCUGUCAUUGCGGACACAUGCCCAGGCUGCGGUGAUGGAGGAGCAUCUAUUGACUGUUCUACUGGUACAUUCGAUGCUCUUGCUGAUGAGUCUGAUGGUACUUUCCCUGUCACGUUCACUCUCCCCGCGGUUUAAGACCGUCCCUCUCGUCAACGGCUUGACCCUGUUCAUACACAUAUACCCCAAGGCCAGCCGAGACCUUUCACUUCUUAACGUCUUUUGCUCUUAUGAGUGAAGGGCGCAGGCUUAAAGCUUUUCAUUUACCAUAUACGAUUGAUACGGGGUUUCACGACCAGAGUUAGGAACUGAGCUACCUAUGGUGGCUUCGUCCCUAGCACUGACAUUAUCAUUCUUAUUCGUCAGUGUCGAAUUUAUUAUUAACGUUUCUAUGUUGCGCUUUCAUGUUCUCUUUUUUUAUUUGGGUUUACAUUAUUCCCGUCAUUUGCUCGUCGUAUUGCAACCAUCAGACAAGAAUAAUCUUCACUUCAUUUGUUUUGUAACCAUCUUGGCGGGACGAGAGGAUGGGAUAGGGAACUGUGUUCCUGCUGGUACCUAUUUACGCUUGUAAUGUUGAUCAUAUACAGCGCUGGCUAAUGGAAUCUGUUGACCGGAUGCCUUCUA